AUGUUCAUGGCAAAUCGUGUGGUUCCUAAUCCUCCUGCACCUCAUCCAGAUGCUUUUCAUGUGUCUGGUCCUAGGAACUUCACCACCCUUAAUUGGAGAGACCUUAUCACUUCCAGUUGGAAGGAUGCAAAGUACAAAAGAACUGUCAUUUCCUGCUUCAUACAAGCAGUUUACUUGCUCGAACUUGAUAGACAGGAAAAAAGAACUCAAGAGAAUGCCUUAGCUCCAAAUUGGUGGAUUCCGUUCAAGUACAAGCUCACAAAAACAUUAGUUGACGAAAGAGAUGGAUCCAUUUUCGGUGCAAUACUUGAAUGGGAUCGGUCUGCAGCAUUAACUGACUUAGUGCUAGUUAGACCAAAUGGUGCCCCUAGAGCUGUUUUAGUACUCAGAGGAACAUUACUCAAAAGUCCUACAAUGCGGAGAGACAUUGAAGACGACCUCCGUUUCGUUGCUUGGGAAAGCUUAAGAGGGUCUGUCAGAUUUAAAGUGGCAUUGGAGGCUCUAAAAUCAAUUUGUGAUGCAUACGGAAGUAAUAAUGUGUGUAUUGCCGGACAUUCUUUAGGUGCUGGUUUUGCUCUUCAAGUAGGAAAACAAUUAGCAAAACAAGGAAUCUAUGUGGAGGCGCAUUUGUUUAAUCCGCCUUCAGUUUCAUUAGCCAUGAGUCUCAAAAAUCUCGGAGAAAAGGCCGGAUAUGCGUGGAGUAGAGUUAAAUCUAUAAUUCCUUAUGGAAAGGAAGCUCAAGUUAGCAAUGAUGUGGAAAAGACCACAGUUGUCGAAUCAAAGGGUUGGAUGUCUCGGUUAUAUGGUUCUGGUUUGAAGGAUCCUAACGUUGUUGUUGGCAUGGCAAAAUGGAUUCCUCAUUUAUAUGUUAACAACAGUGACUACAUAUGUUGCUAUUACAAUGACCCUAGUGGCACAGCAGAGAAGGUUGUUGAUAAGGAGAAUGUUGGUGGACAAAUUACAGCGAAAUUGUUUGUUGUGUCGAAGGAAAAACAGAAAUUUCUUGAGGCUCAUGGUUUGGAACAAUGGUGGUCAAGUGAUGCAGAACUUCAACAGGUUAUUCAUAAUAGCAAACUCAUAAGUAGACAACUUUCAUCUUUAUAUACUUAUACUCCUUCCCAAGCAGUAACAAGGGUUGUGCCACAAUAA